AUGUCCAAGUUGAUCACUGUCUUUGGUGCUACCGGCAACCAGGGUGGCUCCGUCAUCGAGGCCAUCCUUGCCGAUCCUGAGCUUUCCAAGGAGUUCAAGAUCCGCGGUAUUACUCGCGAUACCACCAAGAAGACCGCUCAGGAUCUUGCGAAGAAGGGUGUCGAGGUUGCCACGGCUAAUCUAGACUCCGUCGACUCCCUAACCGCAGCCCUCAAGGGUUCGCACACUGUCUUCCUGGUCACAAACUACUGGGAGACUAUGAACCCCGAUGUUGAAUACUCCCAGGGCAAGAAUGUCGCCGAUGUUUCCAAGGCCGUGGGCGUUUCUCACCUUAUUUUCUCUUCGCUCCACCAUGUGAAGGAGCAGACCAACGGACGCCUCGCCAACGUUCCUCACUUUGACAGCAAGGCCAAUGUCGAAAAGUAUAUCCGGGCUUCUGGAGUUGGAUGCAGCUUCAUUCUUCCUGGAUACUACAUGAGCAACUUCACCCAGAUGCUUACCCGCGCCGCCGAUGGAUCGUACCGGCUGUUCUAUCCUGUUGGUAACGAGGCCAAGUUCCCUCUCUUCGAUGCCGCUCAAGAUACCGGUCUCUUUGUGAAGGUCGCACUGAAGCAUGCGGGCCAGUUGAAGAAUAAGCAGGUUUUGGCCGCUGCCAAGUACUACACUCCUCAGGAAAUUGUGGACAUCUUUUCCAAGGUUACGGGCAAGAAGGCUGUCUUUACUAAGGUCAGUCCGGAGCAGUACAAGGCCUCUUUGCCUCCCGCUAUUGCUACCGAGUACCUCGAGAACCAGCUUUUCGUGGAGAACCCUGGCUACUACCUGGGCGAAUCCCUUGAACCCACCCUAAAGCUCGUUGACUCUCAGCCUACUACCUGGGAGGAGUUUGUUAAAAAGAAUGUUUCUGCCUGGGAAUAA